GGGAUAGAAAGUCACAGACAUGGCGUCCCGUGCGCUUGCACAGUGUGUGCGCUCGCUGGCCCGCGCAUCUGCAAGGUUAAAUGAAGGCAGAACCGCCUGCGUGCUUCUCGCCGCAGCCCAGCGGCCGCUCUCCUCAUGGACCUGCAACCAGAGGACCAGCAGGACUGAACUACUGCGGAUUCCCAGCCCGUCUGUUCAUCUGUGUCGGCAUUACAGUGAUGCUCCACCCCUCACAUUAGAUGACAUCCAGGAGCGAGUUCUGUAUGUCCUUAAACUCUAUGACAAGAUCAAUCCAGAUGUGCUUAAAUCGACGUCUCACUUCAUGAAAGAUCUGGGGCUGGACAGCUUGGACCAGGUGGAGAUUAUAAUGGCCAUGGAAGAUGAGUUUGGGUUCGAGAUCCCAGAUGGGGAUGGAGAGAAGCUUAUGACUCCUGAGGAGAUUGUAACAUACAUUGCAGAUAAAAAAGAUGUGUAUGAAUAGAGGCAAGUCACAUGGUAUGGAGGAUUGACUCUGUAUUAAACAAUAUGGCUGCAGCAUUGAGUUCCAGUUGUACUAUCUCCAGUCUCUUGUUUAUGGAGUCAACUGCCUUGUCAUGUGUACUGUUGUAUUUAAUGAAAAUGUCACUAUAAACUUUUUGGGAACUUGAGCUGAAAAUAAAGCCAAGACUAAAUUGUAA